AUGGUGGUGCCAUCUUGCUGGAACCAUGCAACUGCAAAGGCCAUCCUCUUUAAAAGCUUCACCUUGGUGGCAGCCUGGAACUCUGCUGCUACGCAAGACAACUUUUAUACCUUCCAGGAGUUCUACACAGAUGCGCAAUAUGGUGCCGACUUUGGGUACUACUCCACAGGCAGAAUUCUUCACCAACCAUCUGCCCAGGAUCCAUCUGGAUCUACGUACUUCAACUCAUACACCACCCAGCCAAUGUCGUUGAGCCCUUUCUUCGGGCAAUUGGUGUGUGAUCGCAUCGUGAGCAUGUGGAACGCAAUGGGGCGGCCGCAACCUUUCUUCAUCAUCGAAUUUGGAGGUGGCACAGGUGUCCUGGCCCGAGACAUUCUCCAUCAUGCGCGCAAUGAACAUGCUCAAUUUUUUAGCUCCCUUCAGAAGUAUGUCAUCGGCGAGCGCUCGCCGGCCCUUCAGGCAGCACAGAGGAAAACUGCUGCGGAAUUUGUCCCCAGCAAACUUCGAAUCUCCGAUGCGGACGCCCGAACAGCUUCUGGUCUGCGGCAGCAACUGUUAGAGGAAGCAGAUGGCAUUUUGUAUUCGGUGGUGCUCUCCAACGAGCUUUUGGAUGAGUUUGAUCCAGUGCGUUUGCGCUUGUCUUGGCACGCAGGCAAUCCCCCGGAUGUGGAGCGCUGCAAGCUUUGUUCUGCCUACCGGGAGGCCCAUGUGCUCCACCGAAUUGACGAGAAAGCCUUGUAUGCCUUGCUUGGUGAGGAUGAUACCAACUCUAAGAGCCUAUUGGAGUCCAUCAGAUGGGAAGGCAAAUCUUUGCCUUGCGGCCUGCUGGACACCCAACUGCUGCAGCGCCAGGUGGUUGAAAGACUGUCUGCUUAUCUCACCGAAAAAGAGAUGAAGCGCUGCAGCCCGAUGCAGCUCUGUUGCACCGCACUCCUCUUGGCCGUAGACAGCCUCAUGCAGGAUGACCACUCUUCUAUUCAAAUGGGUAAGUUGGCAGCGAGCAACCAGAUUUUACAGCGCUAUCGGCAGCAGCUGGCAAGAACCAACGGGACGGUGCUCCUCAGCAAGCAUCGCUACAGACAGUUAAGACGUAUUGCCUUGGAGGAGGGGCUGGACACCGAGCAGGCGCUGCUAUUAGGUGGCCCGGAGCUUCCUGGUCGGAUCUACAGCGACGAAGUUUACUUCGCACUUAGCCCCGCAAGGUGCCAAGAGCUGGAAUCCUGGCGGCAUCGCCAUGCGGAACGCCUGGCUCUCGCUGCAAGGGUACGGAGCGCUGUUGCCCAUGUCUAUGAUCUCCGGCAUGCUGCCCACCGGAGGGGCGAGGGGACACUACAAUUGAAAGUCUUGGUGCAACCUGGCCAUGCACAAUUUGUACGCGAGGCUAGCGAGCUUGUCGAUGAAGGGUUCAUGAUAUCAAUUGAUUAUGGUGCCGAUGCCGAUGCUUUGGUAUGGCAUGCCUUGGUGCGCCCCAAUCACGAAGGCAUCCACAUCAUGGAUGCACGCCAAGCAACUUCUCAAUGUGCCGGAUCCUAUUUGGCUUGCCCUGGCUUGCAGGACAUUACAAUGACGGUGGAUUUUACCGAAGCUGCUGGUGCUGGCAGAGUGGCCGGUUGGAAGACUGCUGCCUAUGCGCCUAUUUUUCAUUUAGAGUUUGCAUAUGACCAAUGGCUUCCUCGGCCUGUGGCCAGCCUCUUGGAGCGGGCCGGUGGUCCACGGACCGUUGGCCUACAUGCUUGGUAUCGUCACUCCAAUGAAGAUGCCUGGUCAUCCUUCAAGGUCUUAGUGCUGCACCGGGGUUCGUUGGGCAGCAAUUGGACCUUGGGAGCCCCAGACCUCAGCUGGACAUUGCAGGCCCCUCCGCGCUUUGCUGAGGCACCAUUCCCAUGUUGGAAGACUGAUAUGACAAAGCCAGCCAUGGCAGCUCUCAUUAGCCACAAGGCCCGAUCUACAGCGCCAGAGGCACUUGAGAAAUCCUUUCGUGAGUGGCUAGGAGAUCUAAGGGUGCUGCAGGAGGCAGUGGAUCAGCAAUACAGCUGGCAGCGCCAGUCCUACAGAGACCUACAUUUGGCACAGAUUCUCACCGACCUAUUCCUGUUCUUUGCCCGUGGUCAAGUGCUGUCAGAUCAAGGGGUCAAAGAUUGUGUGAUGCCAGCGGCCCAUGUAGGAAGGGCAUGGUUAGAGGAGGUGAGGAUGUUGGCCACUUCACGGCGUUUGCCUGAGAUGCAUGGUGAUGUGAUGUUCAAUCGGGUCUUCGGUGCACUGGCGCAAUAUGUGCAUGGCAACGCUACCAAUCCGAAGGCAGAGCCCUACGAGUGCAUUGUGCCUGCCAUGAUCCACAGCUUCUGCCGGCAAGCAGUAGCAUAA